AUGCCUAGAGCUAAAAGAAUUAGGAACUUGCUUAAGGCAGCCAAAGGAACCCUUGAAAUUCAGCACAUUUCACCUAGUUCAGAACAUUCUAUAGGAAAUUAUGUGGAGCCAACUCCUGAAUCUGAACCUGAAAGAGUAGGUCCAAAAAAAGGAAGGCAAUCAAGCCAUUAUUGGUCGGUGGAAGCUAUAGAUGAGCAUGGACUUAGACAAAAUGUGAAGGUCAAGGUUAAGGAUGCUCUUAAUAUGCCUAGUGGAUUACGUGUGAUCGUAAACUAUGACGAUAAAUAUCAACCGAUUGGAGAAGCAUCCGCUUUACUUGCAAGAGUGUGUGGAUUGCUAGCAGCAAAUCAUAUUAUGUUCCCUAUAAGUUUUGAAAGAUGGUCAGCUAUGCCAGAUACUUAUAAGGAUAAUAUGCGAGAAAGUUCCUUAAAGACAAAUGAAGACUUAGCAAAAAGAGACGUUUUGUUUAAAAUUGGAAAACUCUGGAGGGAGUAUAGAUGUAAGCUUUGGAAUGAAUUUUAUGACCCACUUGUUAGCAGAAAUGAACUCAUCAAGAAUGUUCCAGAAAGUCUUAAUAUGGAACAGUGGGCUGCUUUUGUUGAUUAUCAUCUCAAGCCUUCCACAAUGGAUUUGUGUAAGAAAAAUAGAGAUAUCAGGAAAAGACAAAGUAUUCCUUACACUGGUGGUGCUAUGUCUUUGUCAAGAAGAAGGGAUAAUUUGAAAAUUGAGACUGGUAGGAAUGUUGGGCGAGCCGAACUGUAG